CCACUCAGACUUCAACACAAGGUGAGUUGAAGCUGCCAUGUCCUCGGCUCUGGUGCAGCUUUGAUAACGUGUAACGCUCCAGAGGAGAACAUGGCCGACGGAGAGGUGGCUUCACAGCUUCUUCUCUUCUUCCUGAGGAUCACGGAUGAAAAGGAGCUGAAAUGAGUAAAUAAUCGAAAUGGAAGACGUUGCAGCUCCCGCCGACAGAAGGGCACCUCCCAAGUUCAAGCAGAGGACGACCCGCACCUUCAAGAGCAAGGCGCCUAAACCCGGCCAGAAGGGAUUCGGAGACGACAUCCCCGGCAUGGAGGGCCUGGGCACAGACAUCACGGUGGUCUGCCCGUGGGAGGCCUUCGGGGACAUGGAGCUCGGCGACCUGGCCAAAUACGGGAUUGUUUAGUCCACAUCCCUCACCCCGUAAUGCCCCUCAUGUAGUCGAAUGUAUUUGACUGUGCAGCUGUAAAUAUUGUACUUGUACGAGGCAGAUAUCGAUUAAUA